GGUCAAAUGAAAAGGGUUACUUUCGUAAUUAGAAGUCAACUUCCCCCCGACUGGUCGACUCCAUUGACACGUUUAGGCCGGCCAGCUGGAAUCGGGAUUUUCCGUUUUCUACUCUGAUAAUAAACGUCGGAGCGAAUUGACGGAGGUUGGGAUUUUAAAUCUAUUUCCUAUAAAUACUCGCUCUUUCACUCUAUUUUUCGGUUACUGGCGCUCUGAUUUCUCUUCUCUCCCUGUUUCCUCUCCAACACCCAGCUUAUCGCCUGACAUUAUCCCUCUCCCGCCAAAAGAGAGGAGAAAAAAAUAAGAUACCUUUUGCGUUAAAGUUUUUGCAGCUUCAGCAAACAGCACUGCUUAGCUUUUCUGGUAAAACAGGGGUGAGGAGUGAGGAGGGAACCAACUUGUUCGAAGUUUAAGCUUUUGGUAUUCCACAGUCUCUAAGAAGUUUCACGACUCGAACAUUCUUCUUUAGCAGAUAAAGUAGUCUCUUUUUCUUUCCGUUAGAGGAAGGAUUUUUCAUAGUCUCUACCUUCUUCUCUUAUUGUUUUCAAAUUUCUUCUGAUAGUCGGAUCCCAUCAAUUCUAGCUCUCCUAUUAAGUGAUUUCCACUGAAAAAGACCUAUUCCAUCUUCUUUCUUUACUCAUUUUCUGAUCCUUUCAGUAAAUAGGAACCUUGUCUGAAAUUCUUUUACUGGAAUCCAGUGUAUAUUUUAUUUUGCUUAAAAUAUUCCAUUAGGUAGGAGAGCUUGCUACUUUGCUAGUCAGUCCAUUGGCUCCGCUUUCUUAUCUCAUACCUGUCGGAGUUGCUAUUACAUGCUCGCUUUCUCCUGAUUGUUUUGAUGCGGCGUGCGAACCUGGUUCUACUACAGUCGAUUCACCAUCUUGUGUGAUGAAUCCGACCUGCCGCUCGGACUUAGAAUCCGGCGUCUUUGUAACUCAGUCACUGAAAUUUUCAGAGCAUGUUGUCAGAACAACGAAACUAGUUCAAGGCCGGAAAGCCGCCGGAAAAUCAACUGGUUCAUGCGAUUCUAUACGGCAGAAGGUAGUGAGGAUUAUCUUCACUGACGUUGAUGCUACGGACUCAAGCGACGACGAGGGGGGCAACGAGACCGUGCGGCGUGUGAAGAGACACGUUCGAGAGAUAUUUUUCGACAACGUGCACACUAACGUGCGCCGUGAGGUGUCAGUUAAGAAAAGGAGGUCGCCGGAACCCGAAUCUGAUGGAACUUGCUCGAAAAGAUUCAGAGGCGUACGGCGACGACCGUGGGGACGUUGGGCCGCGGAGAUACGGGAUCCUACACGGCGGAAACGGUUGUGGCUCGGUACAUAUGACACGGCGGAGGAAGCGGCGACCGUUUACGAUAAGGCUGCCGUUAGAUUAAAGGGUCCGGACGCCGUUACAAAUUUCCCGGCUUUCCCUGGAACAGAAACGGUCGCCAAGGGCGACGACGACUUAACCAAGGCCGCGGCUGCGGUUGCGGCAGCUAGGUCUCCUACUUCGGUGCUCUGUUACGAUGGCCUAACGGCAGCGUUCGACAGCUUCGGUUUCGGAGAUGUCGACGCAUUUGGAUUCAACAUCGACGACUUGCCGUUAACCCUGACGGAAGCCAAUUUUCCAAAAAAGUACUUUGGGGAGGAAGAGUUCGGCGACUUUGACGUGGAAGAUUUCCCCUCGGAACUAAUCAGAUGCUGAAUUAGAACCAUGAAGAAAGGACCAGAUUCCAGAUUUUCGCACCAAACUACGAAGAUACCCUGAAGCCGUUUUUAUCUUGAGGGGCAAUACGGUCCAUAAAAAGAUAAGAGUGGAUGCUUCUUCUCUUCUCUCUCUCUCUCUCUUUUUUAUAAUUUAUUUAUAGCCGUGAGUUAAGCCGAUUUGCCGGCGAUUUUGCCCGCCACCGUGUGUGAAAGA